CUGCUUUCUGCACACAGUUGUUGUGCAAGGUCCUUCGUCGUCCCAGCCGAGUUGUUGAUCGCCUCCCUCAACCCCUGCAUCCACAUCUGCUGUUUAUUCGUCAAGGUGCAGUGAGUGAGGUGCUGCUGACAUGGCGAAGCCGCUGAGCGACCAGGAGAAGAGACGGCAGAUCAGCGUGAGGGGCAUCGCUGGGCUCGGUGAUGUCGCGGAAAUCAAGACCAACUUCAACAGGCAUCUGCACUUCACGCUGGUCAAGGAUCGCAAUGUGGCCACGCCGAGAGAUUAUUUCUUCGCUCUGGCGCAUACAGUCAGAGACCACCUGGUUGGGAGGUGGAUUCGGACCCAGCAGUAUUACUAUGAGAAAGACCCGAAGCGUAUCCACUACUUGUCACUAGAGUUCUACAUGGGCCGCACGCUUCAGAACACCAUGAUCAACCUGGGCCUGCAGAACGCAUGCGACGAGGCAAUCUAUCAGCUGGGUUUGGACUUGGAGGAGCUGGAGGAGAUUGAAGAGGAUGCUGGACUGGGCAACGGAGGACUGGGGCGCCUGGCAGCCUGCUUCCUGGACUCCAUGGCCACACUGGGCCUGGCUGCCUAUGGCUACGGCAUUCGCUACGAGUUCGGCAUCUUCAACCAGAAGAUAACCAACGGCUGGCAGGUGGAGGAGGCUGAUGAUUGGCUGCGCUAUGGCAACCCCUGGGAGAAGGCCCGCCCUGAGUACAUGCUGCCGGUGCACUUCUACGGUCGCGUGGAGCACACGCCAGAGGGGGCCAAGUGGGUCGGCACUCAGGUGGUGCUGGCUAUGCCUUAUGACACCCCAGUGCCUGGCUACAAGAACAACACGGUCAACACCAUGAGGCUCUGGUCCGCCAAGGCACCUAAUGACUUCAACCUCAGUGACUUCAACGUCGGGGACUAUAUUCAGUCCGUGCUGGACAGGAAUCUGGCAGAGAACAUCUCCAGGGUGCUGUACCCCAAUGACAAUUUCUUCGAGGGAAAGGAGCUGCGUCUAAAGCAGGAGUAUUUCGUGGUGGCCGCUACUCUUCAGGACAUCAUCAGGCGCUUUAAGUCCUCCAAGUUUGGCUGCAGAGACCCCGUCAGGACCUCCUUCGAAGCCUUCCCUGAUAAGGUGGCCAUCCAACUGAACGACACCCACCCAGCCCUCGCCAUCCCGGAACUCAUGCGCAUACUGGUGGACAUAGAGAAGCUGGACUGGGACAAGGCGUGGGAGAUCACCACUAAGACGUGUGCCUACACCAACCACACGGUGCUGCCUGAAGCUCUGGAGAGGUGGCCAGUGUCCAUGUUCGAGAUGCUGCUGCCCCGACACCUGCAGAUCAUCUACGAGAUCAACCAUCACCACCUGGAGCGCAUCAAAGAGCUGUUCCCAGGGGACAUGGACCGUUUGAGGAGGAUGUCCCUGAUUGAGGAAGGGGACCCCAAGAGGAUCAACAUGGCUCACCUGUGUGUGGUGGGCUCCCAUGCCGUCAACGGGGUGGCCCAGAUACAUUCCGACAUCGUCAAGAGCACUGUCUUCAAGGACUUCUGUGACAUAGAGCCUGCUAAGUUCCAGAACAAGACCAAUGGCAUCACUCCUCGCCGCUGGCUGCUGCUCUGCAAUCCUGGGCUAGCCGACCUGAUAGCUGAGAAAAUAGGCGAAGACUUCAUGACUGACAUGUUCCAGCUGAGGAAGCUGCUGGAUUACCUUGGAGACGAUGCCUUCAUCAGGGAUGUGGCCAACGUUAAACAGGAGAAUAAGCAGAAGUUUGCUUCGUACCUGGAGAAGGAGUAUCACGUGAAGAUCAACUCAGAGUCCAUCUUCGACAUCCAGGUCAAGAGGAUCCACGAGUACAAGAGGCAGAUCCUCAACUGCCUCCACAUCAUCACCUUCUACAACCGCAUUAAGAGGGACCCAAACCAGUUCUUUGUCCCAAGAACAAUCAUGAUUGGAGGAAAGGCGGCCCCAGGCUACCACAUGGCCAAGCUGAUCAUUAAGCUGAUCACGGCGGUGGGCCAGGUGGUCAACAACGACCCCGUGGUGGGGGACCGCCUCAAGGUCAUCUUCCUGGAGAACUACAGGGUCUCCCUGGCAGAGAAAGUGAUCCCGGCGGCCGACCUAUCUGAGCAGAUCUCCACGGCGGGCACGGAGGCGUCGGGCACGGGCAACAUGAAGUUCAUGCUGAACGGAGCCCUCACCAUCGGCACCAUGGACGGGGCCAACGUGGAGAUGGCCGAGGAGGCGGGCGAGGACAACCUCUUCAUCUUCGGCAUGAGGGUGGAGGACGUGGAGGCCAUGGACAAGAAGGGGUACAAUGCCAAAGAGUACUAUGACAGGCUCCCAGAGCUGCGACAGGUGAUGGACCAGAUCAGUAAUGGCUUCUUCAGUCCUAAAGAUCCAGACAUGUUCAAAGACAUGGUCAACAUGCUUAUGAACCACGACAGAUUCAAAGUGUUUGCUGAUUAUGAGGCAUAUAUUGCCUGCCAGGACAAAGUGAACGAACUCUACAGGAACCCAAAGGAAUGGACCAAGAUGGUGAUCAAGAACAUCGCUGCCUCUGGCAAGUUCUCCAGCGACCGCACCAUCUCUGAAUACGCCAGGGAGAUCUGGGGGGUGGAGCCAACUGACGUUAAAAUCCCGUCUCCCAAUGAGCCACGUUACAGUGCCGACGAGUGAUUGGCAGACUGAGACCACACCUUAUCUAGCCACUUCCUGUUCUUCCUCCCCUUCCUCCUCCUCAUUGGCUCCCAUCCUCACUCCAUAGAUAUGAACACUAGAUGCCGUGUCCAUCCUUUUGGCGUGACCCAUCACUGGGUGCCUCCAUCUUGGGCCAGAAUCCUUUUUUGUUUCACCACCACCUACAGGAUAAUGUGCGUAUCGUCGUCUUGUCACCAAUUGAUGGCAGUGUUAUACCGACUAAACAUGGCGUUGCAAUACAAAAGGAGUGGUCAAUGCAUUGUCUAGUGUUCAUAUCCAUGUCAUCACUCCUUAAGUUUUCCUGCCAGACCAUGUGACAUGGGUCCAAUGAAUGUCAUUGGAGACAGGUUCCAAGAAGCCUGUUUUGGAAACAAAAAAAAAUGUUGCCUUACUCUACUUAACCUUUUGUUUUAAAAAAAAAAACUUUGUAAGAGAAUGCACCUUAACUUCCAUCAUGUGUCCUUACGCAGUCGCUGUCCGUCAUGUGCCUCCAUUCAUUCUUGUUUUGUGGAACGCCCACCAGCCCAGACAAGAGUGAGGCUUUCCCCAUUUCCAAAAAGCAGGCUCAGUUACUUAGCCGGUUAUGUUAAUUCAGAUCAAGUGGUAAUCCAUCUAAUAUGAGGGCCCUGAGGCUUUCUGCUGGUUAAAGGCUGGGCUCCUCUAUUAGAAAGUAUACUGCCCUCCACUCUUGAGUUAACUUGGCUACCUUUUGGAAUGUGUUCAUCAUGUGCAAUGACCAUAGUUGACUACAAUAAGGCCAUGUUCAGCCUUUUUGGCGUGUCCCAACCCCUUGCGAUGCCAGCUUGGGUCUGCAUCAUAAUACUUCUCAUAGAUGUUACCGCCACCUACAGGAUAAUGUGUGUAUUGACUUGUCACUGAUCAAUGGCAGCAAUAUACUGGCUAAAAAUAUGGCAGUGAUCUGACUUCAGCCAUUUGCUCUAAUACAAAGGAGUGGUCAAAGCUGCAUCUAGUCUUCUUAUGUGCAAUGACGAGCUGUGCUAGGAGAUCAUGAUAAGGUGACGCGAUGAUAUUUCACAUUCCUCUGGAGUGUUUAUGGUGUUGGCCAUACCAAGGUUUUCUUAGGAAGUUGUGGAAGGAAAAAUGAACGACUAAAUUAAAUAUCUGUUGAAAAUACAUUUGUGUGGUUGGACACGGUUUUUUAUCAUUACAAGAUAAUUUGUUGUUGCUGUGACCAUGUAUGGUUUUUUUUGUCCAAUUUCUACUCUAUGGGAUGUUUUUGUGGUGGUGGUGGGGGUGGGUGCAAGCGUCAGGAUGGUAUGCCGCCUGGUGGGUUACCACUGUUAUUAGUCUGUGACCUUUAACACAUAUGACAGCAAGUGUCCAAGGCAGCUCGGUGGUGUAUUUAAGACGUUGAGUGAAUCACUGAAAAGGACUCUUCCAAAGCAAAAUAAAAAAGCAUUUCAUCAUCACCCUGGCUUAUUCCUGUGGUGUGGUGGACAAUCAAUCCACAGAUUGUGUUAACCUUAGCAUAUACCAUUACCAAACUUCUUUAAACACGAAUAAUGAAUGUGUAUGUGUGUUUGUCAGUGUGUGACUUCAUAGCAAAGGCUAUUUGUGUUUUUUUGACUGAGAAAAACAUGUACUGUAUGAACUCACUUGUGAUUGUAUGUCAGUCAUAUUUAACACGUAUGCAAAAUAAAGACGUAUCAUGCCACA